ACUGCUUUGUUUUUUUUGUUUGUUUUGGUUUUCAUCUAGGCUAUCCUUUUGUGACUUAUGUACUAAAGUUGUUUUUAUUUGCUCUCCCAGCAUACACUUGUGAUCCUUUCAGCAUCUGAUGUGUAUACAGGAAAGUCAUGCUAUUUUUCAAACAAAUCAAAGUCAAGUCUAACUAGGAUGUCAACCUGGAGUUCAAAGCAUGGUAGAAUGCAUGCCUAAAUUAUACCUAGACUUAUAUAAUACCUUCUAUGUGUCAGGCACCAUUCUAUGUGUUAAAUAUACUUUAAUCUUUGAAUCCUCACAACAAACAUGUGAGUUAUGUACUAUUAUUUUCCCCAUUUUGCAGAUGUGAAUACUGAGGUAUAGAGAGGUGAGAUGAUACACCCCCAUAUCACACAGCUCACAGCUCAUAAAUAGCAGAAUCAAACCUCAAAUGGUACUAGUCUGUCUUCAGAGUCUGCACAGUUAACCCCUAUACCACUUGUCUUUAAAUAUUAGCUUUAUGAAUAUUUUGCUAUCUCUAAUAAUAGAUGUAAUAUUUUUGGUAUAUACAGCUUUUCUUAGUUUUCUCUUUUGGAUCUAUGACCACAUGUAAUAUUACUAGAUUUCAGCUCAUAAACUUCUGUGAUGAUUAUGUUUAACAGUAUUUUAGGUUUGUACAGCAUUUAUAUAUUACAAAAUGUUUUCCCCUAUCCUUAUCUCAUUGAAUGCCCUCAUUAACUUUUAGAAUACAUAUAGGGCUUUAUCCCAUUUUUCAGAUAAACGAACCAACCAAAAAGAUUAAACUAUCUUUUCACUUUUAUAUUGCAGGUUUGUAGCAGUUCUAAGACUAGAAAUCAAAUUUCACGAUAUCAGCACACUUUUCAGUAUAUCAGACUGGUUCGUCAUUUCUUUCUCUUAUAGCUUCGAAAGAAAAUUGAAAAGAAGUUUAAGAACCCCAGUGAAAUUAGAGAAGCAUUAUUUGAGAAACAUUUAGAAUAAUUUUAGAAGUCCUUGUUAAAUUACAAGGUAAAAACAUGUUCGUUCCAUUAACGGUGGACUUCGUUAAGUAAGCUCGCACAGCUAGGUUCCAGUUUAUUAAUUUUCAGUAUCUCAUUUCUUGGUCCACCUAAUGUGAACACCUUUACAGGACAAGCCUCAAGUGCUCUCUGGCUUUAUGCUAUUGCUUUUUUAAGGUAGUUCAUUUGCGCUUGCUCAUCACCCUCUUCCUUCAUUCAGCUCCAGAGCUGUGUUGCUAAUUAUUGACCCAGUUAAGCCUCAAGGAGGACAAAGACAGCUAAGAUUGGAGUGCUGUUUACUUAGAAUCACAGUGCAUUUUCCAUUUGCAGAAGGAGCAAGGCAUUUUUAGCUGUAGGGUUCAGAGACCAUUCCCGUUAUGUGGGUACUCGAGUUGCUGCUAAAGAAUCACAACUCAGUUUUUCAAAUUGUUUUUUAAAAUUUCAUUCAAAGCCAGUUUCUUGGAAUGUGAGUGUGUUUGUGUGUGUGCCCACAUACAUGCGUGCACGUGUAUCUGUUUCCUUUCUCCGUUAAUGUCUAAAACUGCGCAGAAUAAUAAUGCUUUCAUUCAUUCUGUAAAUAUUUUUUAAACAGUUGCCAAGGUAAAAAAAUACUGCUAAAUACAGUAGAGGAUGUUUAGAGGUAAAAUUACCUCAUCACAGCACCUGGCACAUUAUAGAUGCCACAAAAAUAUGUGUUAAACUAAAGGAAUUAUCACAUGAAGUGUUUGCCCAGGCCUUGGAAUCAGUUGGGGAAAUUGUGAAGUCAUUAAAUAUAUGCAUGUUAGAAAGGAAUUUAAGAAUCAUCUCAUACAGCCCUUUUAUUUUGCAGAUGAAGCCAUGGAGACCCAGAAAAGUUGUUUUUGAUGUGGACAAUGGCACAUCUGCGGGACGGAGUCCCUUGGAUCCCAUGACCAGCCCAGGAUCUGGGCUAAUUCUCCAAGCAAACUUUGUCCACAGUCAACGUCGGGAGUCCUUCCUGUAUCGAUCUGACAGUGAUUAUGACCUCUCUCCAAAGUCUAUGUCCCGGAACUCCUCCAUUGCCAGUGAUAUACACGGAGAUGACUUGAUUGUGACUCCAUUUGCUCAGGUCUUGGCCAGCCUGCGAACUGUACGAAACAACUUUGCUGCAUUAACUAAUUUGCAAGAUCGAGCACCUAGCAAAAGAUCACCCAUGUGCAACCAACCAUCCAUCAACAAAGCCACCAUAACAGAGGAGGCCUACCAAAAACUGGCCAGCGAGACCCUGGAGGAGCUGGACUGGUGUCUAGACCAGCUAGAGACCCUGCAAACCAGGCACUCUGUCAGUGAAAUGGCCUCCAACAAGUUUAAAAGGAUGCUUAAUCGGGAGCUCACCCAUCUCUCUGAAAUGAGUCGAUCUGGAAAUCAAGUAUCAGAGUAUAUAUCAAACACUUUCUUAGAUAAGCAACAUGAGGUGGAAAUUCCUUCUCCAACUCAGAAGGAAAAGGAGAAAAAGAAAAGGCCGAUGUCUCAGAUCAGUGGAGUCAAGAAGUUGAUGCACAGCUCUAGUUUGACUAAUUCAAGUAUCCCGAGGUUUGGAGUUAAAACUGAACAAGAAGAUGUACUUGCCAAGGAACUAGAAGAUGUGAACAAAUGGGGUCUUCAUGUUUUCAGAAUAGCAGAGCUGUCUGGUAACCGGCCUUUGACUGUGAUCAUGCACACCAUUUUUCAGGAACGAGAUUUGUUAAAAACAUUUAAAAUUCCAGUAGAUACUUUAAUUACAUACCUUAUGACUCUUGAAGACCAUUACCAUGCUGAUGUGGCCUAUCACAACAAUAUCCACGCCGCAGAUGUUGUCCAGUCUACUCAUGUGCUAUUAUCAACACCUGCUUUGGAGGCUGUGUUUACAGAUUUGGAAAUUCUUGCAGCAAUUUUUGCCAGUGCAAUACAUGAUGUAGAUCAUCCUGGGGUCUCAAAUCAGUUUCUGAUCAAUACCAACUCUGAACUUGCCUUGAUGUACAACGAUUCCUCUGUCUUGGAGAACCACCAUUUGGCUGUGGGCUUUAAGUUGCUCCAGGAAGAAAACUGUGACAUUUUCCAGAAUUUGACCAAAAAGCAAAGACAAUCAUUAAGGAAAAUGGUCAUUGACAUCGUACUUGCGACAGACAUGUCAAAACACAUGAAUCUACUGGCUGACUUGAAAACUAUGGUCGAAACUAAGAAAGUGACAAGCUCUGGGGUUCUUCUUCUUGACAAUUAUUCCGAUAGGAUUCAGGUCCUUCAGAAUAUGGUGCAUUGUGCGGAUCUGAGCAACCCAACAAAGCCUCUCCAGCUGUACCGCCAGUGGACGGACCGGAUAAUGGAAGAGUUCUUCCGCCAAGGAGACCGAGAGAGGGAGCGUGGCAUGGAAAUCAGUCCCAUGUGUGACAAGCACAAUGCAUCUGUGGAAAAAUCACAGGUGGGCUUCAUAGACUAUAUUGUUCAUCCUCUCUGGGAGACCUGGGCAGACCUUGUCCAUCCUGAUGCCCAGGACAUUUUGGACACUUUGGAGGACAAUCGUGAAUGGUACCAGAGCACAAUUCCUCAGAGUCCCUCUCCUGCCCCUGAUGACCAAGAGGAGGGCCGGCAGGGUCAGACCGAGAAAUUCCAGUUUGAACUAACUCUAGAGGAAGAUGGCGAAUCAGACACAGAGAAGGAUAGUGGAAGUCAAGUGGAGGAAGACACUAGCUGCAGUGACUCCAAGACUCUUUGUACUCAAGACUCGGAGUCCACCGAAAUCCCCCUUGAUGAACAGGUUGAAGAGGAAGCAGUAGGGGAGGAAGAGGAAAGACAGCCCGAAGCGUGUGUAAUAGAAGAUCAUUCUCCCGAUGACACGUAACAAUGCAAAGACAGUCACGCCCUUUUUUUUUUUUUUUUUAAAGUAGAAAAAUUGUUUCCAAAGUGCAUGUCACAUGCCACAACCAUGGUCACACCUCACUGUCAUCUGCCAGGACGUUUGUUGAACAAAACUGACCUUGACUACUCAGUCUGGCGCUCAGGAAUAUUGUAACCAGUUUUUCCACCUCCACGUCAUCAGAGCAAAGGGGACAUCUUCACGAACAGCAUUUUAACAAGAAUUCAGCUUCAUAGAGCUGACAAAGCAGAUAAAAUCAACUCCAACAUGUUUUGAAGGGAGUGUGGCUCAUCAGGCAGCCCGGAAGUUGAUAUGACUUGGGGUUUAUUUUCUUUUUAUUUGUUUGCAAUCUUUUCAGAAGAAAGAAAGCAUUACACAGACAGCAUGAACUAGUGGAUGAAGCAACAAAUGUGUCAGGAGUAGGACACAGCAUGAAUCUGUUACCAGGAGGAAGAUGAGCCACAGAAGUUGCAUAAUUUUCUAAUUUCAAGUCUUCCUGAUACAUGACUGAAGAGUGUAGUUCAAUGAGCUGCACCGACCUCUACAUUUUGUAUGAUAUGUAAAACAGAUUUUUUGUAGAGCUUACUUUUAUUAUUAAAUGUAUUGAGGUAUUAUAUUUAAAAAAAAGUAUGUUCAGAACUUCAUCUGCCACUGGUUAUUUUUUUUCUAAGGAGUAACUUGCAAGUUUUCAGUACAAAUCUGUGCUACACUGGAUAAAUCUAAUUUACCAAUUUUACUUGCACCUUAUAGUUCAUAGCAAUUAACUGAUUUGUAGUAAUUCAUUGUUUUAUAUACCAACGACUUCCAUAUUUUAAACAUUUAUGUUGCGGGAAACCCUUUUUGUAGGUCUUCAUUUACUUUGCUUUUUUCUUUCACUCUUUCCAGAUAAGCAGAGUUGCUCUUCACUGGCAUUUUUCUUCACAGUGUGCAAAGUGAAUAUUUGUUCUGUAAUACUUUGAUGUGUGUUUUGUCUAAUGUGUCUCAAACCUCAUGGAAACUCCAUCAUCAGUUGAUGUUGUCUGAAGCAAGUGGGAGAGAUAUAAAUACCCAGUAGCUAAAAUGGUCAGUCUUUUUUAGAUAUGUUCCUACCUAGUGUCUUCUUAGAACCCUCAUUUCACAAGUGCAUGUCUUCAUAAUAACCCACACAUUUCAUGCUCAUUUUUAUUGUUUUUGCAGCCAGUUGUAGUAAGAAAACUUUUCUCCUGUUGUGCUUUAUUAUUUAGUGUGUGUUUGAACUUCUGUCCAUGUUCUUCAGAUGGGGUCUUAUCAAAUAUAUCACCAUCAUCCUGAUUGAUGAAACACAACAGGUAGUUAGGAUUAGUAUUGAUUUAUGCCGUGGGGUCAUAUAUAAUGACUAGCUCUUAAUCUUGGUUUACAGAGAAAAGUCAGUGGCUAGCUAGGCAAAUUUAAAGAAUAGUAAUAGAAUAUAUAAACAAACUCCAGUACAACUACAGGCAGCCCCCAAGUUACAAACGAGAUCCGUUCCUAACUCUGUCUUUAAGUCGAAUUUGUAGGUAAGUCGGAACAGGUGCAUAUGGUUCUUAUUUAGCCUCACUUUAGUGCAAGAAAAGGCUCUCAGCCUUUUCAGUGACUUAAAAGCUACACGUGCAGCAAGUGAAAGUGAUUGUGAUGAAGAAUUUGUUGCGAGUAGGGGUUGAUUUGGUUGUUUCAAAGUGAGGGCAAAUUUACAUAACAUUAAAAGGCCAAUAAGAGUCGGAAGUUCGCAACCCGGGGACUACCUGUAAUUUUUGUUUCUAUGAUUUUACCACGUGAUUAAGAAGUGUAUGAGGAAUAUCCUUGAGAAACAGUUUUAAGUGUAACAAGUACUUUCUUAAUGGACAGCCACGCGAUGUGUAGGAAUUGCUUUGUCAGUUAUCACUGUUCAGAAGCAUGCCUUAUAGAGGAGAACUCCUUUUUAAACACCCUGAGGGAAAGAAGUUGAUGAUUUCACUAGCACUGGAGGGACAGUAAUGCAGUGCAACCCUAAAAUAUUAGAUUGAGUAGGACAAUUCUGCCUAAAUGGAAAAUCAGGAGUCACUCCUGGCCGAUUUCAGCACCAGGAGUUGUAUUUUAGAGAUUAAUUAAUUUACCUGCUGAUAACAGUUGAUAUCGUCUGGCAUUUAUCUAGUUUGGACUUUCCUCCCAUUUCAGCUUUUAAUGAAGUGUUCCCCUUACCUUCUCUGUGAAGAGUUUGGAACCCAGAUAAUCAUUUUCCACAUUACUAUCGAAGAACUGAGGUGGAGACUAGGAGGGGUAUCUGACUAAAUGGAAAGGAAAUAAAACAGUUAAGAAAAAUUGCAGCCCUGAAAAACACUUACAUUUGGGACUUCUCAACCAUGGUCUGGGAGCUAAAACUAAGUCAUCAGCCAGGGAAAUGACCCAAGCUGAAGAUAGUUCCCAUUGUAACCCCCUGAGAACCAACUGAUGCUUAGAACCUUUAAAAGAAAAAUUGCCUCUAUAGCUCUCAUCUUUUGUGGAGAGCAGAAUAGGAAUGUUACUAGAUUUCUACUGUCCUCUUCCUGCAAAAAUCAAGCCAACAGAUAGUAAUCUUUCAAAUAAAGAAUCAUAUUUGGCCAAGUGUUUUUACAAGAACAUUUGGGAACUUCUGGUUUAAUUUUGUUUGCCCUAGAUGGAUAUCUGGAAAGGAUUUUCCUCCUGAAGAAAGGCAAAGAGCCUAGGGUUUAUUUCUUCUUCCAAAAUACUCUUAUCCCCUUCCUUCCCCUCCCUAUUUCUUGGUAUUUCCCCCACAGAGUGCCUGGAAUCUUAAUGGAAAAAAAAAAAAAAAUUGAAAGACA